ACCCUCCACAACACAGACAUGUCCUGCUACGACAUCUGCCGCCCCUGCGGACCCACCCCUCUGGCUAACAGCUGCAACGAGCCCUGUGUCAGGCAGUGCGAGGACUCCCGCGUCGUCAUCCAGCCUCCUGCCGUGCUGGUCACCCUGCCAGGACCCAUCCUCAGCUCCUUCCCCCAGAACACCGCCGUUGGAUCCUCCGCAUCAGCUGCCGUGGGCAGCAACCUCAGCGCCCAGGGAGUGCCCGUCUCUGGAGGCGGCUUUGGAGGCUUUGGCCUUGGAGGCUUUGGCUUCGGAGGCCUGGGCUGCAUCAACGGCAGAAGAGCCUGCUACCCCUGCUAA